GGUGGCGCGGAGGCAGCAUGGAGGGCGCGGUGUCGGACGUGGCCGUGUGUAACCUGGCGUUCGCGGGGCGCCUCGAGGAGCUGCGGGCGCUGCUGCUCCGCGACCGGGCCCAGGCCACGCGAGCCGACCAGGAUCACCGCACCGCGCUGCACUGGGCCUGCUCGGCGGGACACACGGACGUCGCGGAGCUCCUGCUCGGGCUCGGCGUGCCUGUCAACGACAAGGACGAUGCUGGUUGGACUCCCCUACACAUUGCUGCUUCAGCAGGCCGUGAUGAAAUUGUGAAAGCCCUCAUUGCUAAGGGUGCUCAUGUAAAUGCUGUCAAUCAGAAUGGCUGCACGCCCCUGCAUUAUGCAGCCUCCAAAAAUAAGCAGGAGAUUGCAAUCAUGCUUUUGGAGAAUGGAGCAGAUCCAGAUGCAACAGAUCAUUUUGAAUCCACCCCGUUACACAGAGCAGCAGCCAAAGGAAACCUAAAAAUGGUACAGAUCCUUGUGCAGCACAAUGCAACUUUGGAUAUACGGGACUCUGAAGGGAAUACUCCUCUUCAUUUAGCCUGCGAUGAAGAGAGAGUGGAGGAGGCAAAGCUGCUCGUGUCUCAUGGUGCAAGUAUUCACAUUGAGAAUAAAGAAGAUCUGACCCCUCUGAAAGUGGCAAAGGGAGGCCUGGGAGCCAUCCUUAAAAGAAUGGUGGAAGGCUAGAGGGGGCUUCACUUGAGUCUGUCUCCUGUUGCACUUCUGCUUAGGAUUGCAAACUUCAUAUUUUGAUAGUUCAUCUGGGAUGUCAUGUGUGGUAUCAGCAUGGUAAUGAAAUGUUUUUAUUGAAGCUGUCCUUCAAGUGCAGUGCCAAAACUCUUUGUACUUCCUGUUAAUUAAAUUGUUCACUGACUUUAAAGUAUUUUUCAAUAUCUUGCAGUUUUCUUUCAGUUUACAGUGUGAUGUGUAUAAAUGUGGUAUUCCUUCUACUUCAGAUCCCAAUUUAGAAUUAUUUCUUUCAAGAAACAGGACCAAAAAUGUUUUAACCAUUUAAAGCCAAUUUUUGUUUUCUUCUAGAAUCUUUGGUUUUUUCUCUUAGCCUUUGUGAUUUCUGUGGGGGGUUUUGUCUGUGUUUUGUGGGUACUGAUUGUCUUGCUCCAGAUGAUUCUAGGCUACACUGUAUUUCUCUUUGUAGAAUGCAGUUUGCUUAGUUACUUAGAUAAUUGUAUCCAUUUUUGCUACUCUUGGUGUAUUAAGUGAAAUCUGAGAGUGUUUAAAGCUUUUCUGUUGUUACUGGCUGUUAACCUGUUUUUCUCUGAGUCUUUAAAUACAUGUAUUUGAUGAAGUGCACUGGACUGCUUGCAGAAUGCAGGCACAGUUUCAGAGUUACCUCUGCAAAUACACUGUUUUAUAAUGGAUGGCUCUGGAUACUCCUCUGGGAUGUACUUCAACUUUAAUAUUUUUUCUUCUUGUUCCUUUUGAAGGUUUCUUUUUCUGUUCUCUUUGACUCCCAUAUGCAGCACUGACACUUGCAGUUUACCAUCUUAUUUUAUAACAGAAGCCUGGUUUAACUUUUAUUUACUCAUAGCAAAUCCUGAUAUUAAGUUAUUACAAGGCAGAGCUAAGAAGGUAGAACAUGAAAAGUGACCUCCUGUCCUGUUGUUGUUAAGAUAAUUUUGACACCAGUGGUUAGAUUUCCACUUGAACAAAGAAUGAAAUUCUGUGAAAUAAAGAACUUUCCUAAACAACAGUCUUUGGUAUUAUAAAACUUUAUUAAACUGACAUGUAAGAAAACCA